AUGGGAUGUACUGCUAGUGUUCCAUCUACAUCAGGGGAAUCUGAUCCCUUUCUUGAAGAGAAACGAAUCAAUGAUGCCAUAGAGAAAAGCUUACAAUUAUCAAGACAGAAUGAAAAGAAUCAAAUGAAAUUAUUAUUAUUAGGAGCUGGUGAAAGUGGUAAAUCCACCGUUUUAAAACAAAUGAAAUUGUUACAUAAAGGAGGGUUCACUCAACAAAAAAGAGUUCAAUAUAGUCAAGUUAUAUGGUGUGAUGUCAUUCAAUCUAUGAAGAUAUUAAUCAUUCAAGCUAGAAAAUUAGGUAUCCCCUUACAAUGUGAUGAAUCUAAUAAUCCUUUAAUACCUUAUAAACAAAUCAUUUUAAGAGCCAAUGCAUUAGAUCAAAUUGAUACUAGUGCUGCUGGUGGGACAAACUUCUUAAAUGAUUAUGUGAUUAAAUAUAGUGAACAAAAUAAAAAUAAACGAAAAUUAAAUAGUACAGGGGUAGUAACAAGUUUCUUUGGUGAUGAUGAAGCUACUAAAAAUGAUGGUGAUGAAGAUGAUGAAAUUAAUGUCAACUAUUAUGAUAAUGCCAAUACUGUCAAUCCUAAUCAAUUUUCAAGACAACAGAUUGCAGAAGCUAUAACAAAAUUAUGGACUUCAGAUAAAGGGAUAAAUCGUUGUUAUAAUCGAUCCAAUGAAUUUCAAUUUGAAUCAAGUGCAUCAUACUUUUUUGAUAAUGUUUAUAAAUUUGUCGAUCCUAAUUAUUCAUGUAAUGAUAUGGAUAUCUUAAAGGGGAGAAUUAAAACCACAGGUAUAACAGAAACCAAUUUCAAUAUUAAUUCAUUCAAAUUUAAAGUUUUUGAUGCUGGAGGUCAAAGAUCAGAAAGAAAGAAAUGGAUUCAUUGUUUUGAAGAUAUAACAUGUGUUUUAUUCGUAUUGGCCGUUUCCGAAUAUGAUCAAAUGUUGUUUGAAGAUGAAAGAGUUAAUAGAAUGCAUGAGUCAAUUGUGCUUUUUGAUUCCUUGGUUAAUUCAAGAUAUUUCGCUAAUACUCCAUUCAUCUUAUUCUUAAAUAAAAUUGAUAUAUUCGAAAAGAAACUAAUUUCAUCACCAUUAAAGAAUUAUUUCCCUGACUAUAAUGGUAAACCGAAUGAUUUUGAAGAUUCAAUAAAAUUCUUUGAAUCAAAUUUUUUAAAAUUAAAUCGAUCAAAUCGUCCAAUUUAUGUUCAUAGAACUUGUGCAACUGAUACAAAUUCAAUGAAAUUCGUUUUAUCAGCCGUAACUGAUAUGAUUGUUCAACAAAAUUUAAAGAAGAGUGGAUUAAUGUGA